GCAUCCUACUUUAUACCACUCUGACAGCCAGCUUUCUCAGUGGAGAGGAAAAUCAGCCCUUGCCUUGCAGGAGGUUAGCAGGAAACUAUCAACUUGAAAUAUGAGUGAGAAACCCAAGCUUACUUACUUUAAUGGCAGGGGAAGGAUGGAAUCCAUACGGUGGUUGUUAGCAGCAGCUGGAGUUGAGUUUGAAGAAACAUUUUUGGAAACCAGAGAGCAGUAUUUGAAAUUAAUCAGAGAUGGAUACUUGCUGUUCGACCAAGUCCCAUUGGUGGAGAUGGAUGGGCUGAAGUUGGUGCAGACCAAGGCCAUUCUCAACUACAUAGCAGAGAAAUAUAACCUCUGUGGGAAGGACCUGAAAGAAAGAGCACAAAUUAACAUGUAUGUGGAAGGGGUGAUGGACUUGAUGGAACUUAUUCUGCUCUAUCCAUUCUCUCCGCCUGAGCAGAAGGAAAAGCAACUGGCUUCAUUUAUUGAGAAGGUCACAACCAGGUACUUUCCCGUCUAUGAGAAGGCUCUGAAACAACAUGGACAAGAGUUUCUUGUUGGCAGUUGCCUCAGCAGGGCAGACGUGCAGCUACUUGAAGCCAUUUUAAUGGUGGAGGAGAAAAAAGCUGAUGUUCUUGCUGAGUUCCCCCAACUACAGGCUUUCAAAGCAAGAAUAAGCAACCUUCCCACCAUUAAGAAGUUCCUGCAGCCUGGAAGCCAAAGGAAACCACCUCCCGAUGAUGCAUAUGUACAACUUGUGCUGAACGUUUUGAAGAUGAAUUAAGAAUAGUAUCAGGAUGGUUUGUCAUAAUGCAAAUAUUACAAGUCAGUGGGCAAUGAAAUGAAAGUACUCUCACCUAGGAUUAAAAUGAAUGACAAUAUGGCAUAUCAAUAUUGCUCUUUUUUGACAUUAUGCUAUUUUAAAAGGCAUUGAUGCCUUGCAUUAAAUUAUAAAGUUUUAAAUGGCAA